AAGCUCGUAAUCGUGUUGGUGGUCGCGUUAGUACUGAUACAACUAUAUUUGGUAUAAAUACAUCUAUUGAUUUAGGUGCACAAUGGUUACAUCAUUACCGACCUGAAAAUCCUUUGCGACCGUCCAUAUAA